AUGGUCGCGGGCGGCCAGGCGGCGGAGACGUACGACGGCGUCCGCAUCGGCCCGCCGCCGGACCUCGCGAGCCUCCUCCUCCACAACCGCAUCGUCUACCUCGGCAUGCCCAUGGUCUCCGCCGUCACGGAGCUCAUCGUCGCCGAGCUGCUCUACCUCAACUACGAGUCGCCGACCAAGCCCGUCACGCUCUACAUCAACUCGCCCGGCACCGUCAACUCCCAGGGCCAGUCCGUGGGCUUCGAGACCGAGGCCUUCGCCAUCGCCGACUGCAUGAAGUACAUCAAGCCGCCGGUCCAGACCAUCUGCGUGGGCCAGGCGUUCGGCGCCGCGGCGAUGCUCCUCGCACAGGGCGAGAAGGGCAAGCGGUUCUGCCUGCCCAACGCGUCCAUCAUGCUCCACCAGCCCCGGUCCCAGGCCCGCGGCCAGGCCAGUGACAUCGCCAUCCGGGCCCGCGAGGUCAUGUCGAACCGCAAGGUCUCGUGCGAGCUCAUGGCCCGCGCGUGCGGCCGGUCCGUCGACGAGGUCAUGGCCGACGCGUCGCGCACCAAGUACCUCCAGCCCGACGAGGCCGUCGAGUACGGUUUGAUCGACAAGGUCCUCCACAACGUCGGCAAGGACGCGGCGGCCGCCGUCGCCAAGCCCUCCUUCAUGGACGCGCUCUAG